GCGCGUUAGUCGCCCUCAGCGGCGAAGCAGAUCGGAGCAGUGAGGCGUCUGCGUAGAGCAGGCAGGUGGGCCGGCGGGAGCGAGGAGGCGUGAGGGCAACCGAGGAAGCUCGAAGAGCAGACGGCGGCGGCGGCGAGCGCUCGGCCCGGUGCUGCGGGAGCCGGAGACCGCGGCGGCCGGCGGCUGCUGCAGGAGUAGCCGAGGGGACACCGCCCCUGCCCGCGCCCUGCCUGAGGCCAUCGCUGCUCCCCCGGGGCCUCACGCGGACUUCCCGGAGUGAAGUGUCACAAUGUCUGACCGUAAGGCAGUGAUCAAGAACGCAGACAUGUCUGAGGACAUGCAACAGGAUGCUGUUGACUGCGCCACGCAGGCUAUGGAGAAGUACAACAUAGAGAAGGACAUUGCUGCCUAUAUCAAGAAGGAAUUUGACAAGAAAUACAACCCUACCUGGCAUUGUAUCGUGGGCCGAAAUUUUGGCAGCUACGUUACACACGAGACAAAGCACUUCAUCUAUUUUUACUUGGGUCAAGUUGCAAUCCUCCUCUUCAAGUCAGGCUAGGUGGCUGCAGGGAAGGUGUCAGUGGCGGCGGUAGCGAUGGCAAGCAGACGACGUUGCUGGGACUAUUUUGCACUGGGGCCAGCAUCAGGAUGUCCUCACCAAUGGCUGUGCUACUGCAUGGACUGUAUACUCGAUUUCAUGUGUAUGUCGCAGUAAACAAAACCAAACUUCUUUCUGUUUAGUUGCCUGGGGAAGAAGGCUGCUUUACAUUUAUUUUUCAAGACUUAAAAAAUUUUUUUUGGUUGUAUUGCACUAGGAAAUCUCUCCCACCCCUUCCUUUUCUCUUUCUCUCUCUAUAAAAUAAGCCCUAAAAAAAACACACACAAAAAAACCCCCCAGUAAGACCAGGAGGGCUCAGGGGAAAAAAAUGGUUUCUGGAGGUGGAACUAAAACUGUGCAGCUGCCUCUUCCUGCUUUGGGAGGGCCAUGAAGGCUGCUGGGGGCGGGGGGUGGGGGGGACAAUGUUAGGAUCAACAAGAAGAGAGGGAUAGGAAGGAAGGCAGGGGGAUUGAUCUAGUACCAGGGAGACUAUUCCACUGAACUGUGAUUCCAGGGCUUGGGGCAGAGGGUGGGGUUGGAGGGGUGGAUUCUUUAAGGGGCCCUGAGAUGUGUUUGUCUGUGGUGUGUGGGAGUGGGGAGCAGAUUUGUCUUGCUGUCUUUGUCAGAAGAGUUUCUAAGUAAGGGCUGUGUCUUUGUGGAUUAUCUUUUAUUCCUGCCAGAGCUCAUGCUAGGAGGAUGUUGGAGGUAGGGUUAGCUUGCUUUAUUUUUUCUUUUUAUUCUUUCUUCUCUACUUCUGUCUGCUCCCUGCUUAGUCCUCAGUUUUCUCAUUCCUCUGGAGUUCUCUUAGAGCAGCCCCUGUUAGUUGGCUGACAAGGGAAUAUCUGGUGACCGUAGUUCCUUAGUUAGGUCUUAGCAAUCAAACCAAAUCAGUGUCUCCCUGAUUGUUCUCUGUGUAUGUGUGUGUGUGUAUGUGUGUGUCUUGGUUGGGGUGGAGGGGAGGGAGGGGCAGGAUGGUAUGGAAUCUCUAGGAUAUAUGGGUAGAUGGUAUAUGGGUGCACAAUUAAUUCUAAAUGGGCCUUUAUGUUAAAAAACAUCAGUGGGUGAAGACAGGUGUCGCCCCCUUCAGUCAUCUUGCCCGGACACUCUGCUUGUCCUGUGGAUGUCUACUCCCAGGAAGGUUUUUGGAGAAUAGCCCACAAUGAGAUGGCCAUGGUGCCAUCUGCUCUGGAGUUGGCUCUCAGUGGAGCGGGAAAGUGACUUUGUGGAUGGUAAGGAUGGAAGUGAUGAGGGGCUUGGGAGGAAGUCUGCAGGGAUGAGGAGAUGCAGCAGGGCCACUAGUGGGAGGAGAUUCCAAGGAGAGUGCUGGGCAAAUCUUGUCUGUUGAUCAAAUAGAGAUGGGGCAGUGGUGUAGGGGUGGAUGGAGUCGUUGAUUGAGCUGUUGAUUCCUGUAAAUUGCAUUUAAAUAAAACUUAUGUAUGGCUGACACUGGGUCGGGGGGAGGGUUGGGAUCUAGCUCAUUCUUUUUUUCAACUCCAUCUUUGGGGAGGCAGGAAAAUGUCUCCACCCCAAGCCUUUAGUGUGUGCCGAGCUUUCUUUCUGAUGCUGACAGGAGGGUGGGGACUGGGAUGAUGAGUGAGUUCCCUGUAUUAAACCCUUUUAUGAAUGUCCCAAAUCUGUGUUUCCCUUGCCCUCCCAGACUUGCGUGGCCAGUCGGAAAUGUCUGGUUUGUGUUUGUCUCUCCCUCAUUUCUGGAGCUGGGGCUGAGACCCCGCCACAUCUCCUGUGCUCUGCAUCCAUGCCUCUUUUGGACAUUAAAGGUUGAUUGAUGCACUUCUGAGC